AACGUAUCAGUUAGUCUUGAGGAUCGUUUCCACUCGGACAGAUCGUUUUCAUUCGGACGUCAAGGGGGUGGGUUCUGCACAACAUUCAUUGUUUAGAAAGUAAAAAGAACAGAAGAAAAAAAUUAUAGAACUUGUCAAAGUGGCGUCAACAGUCGUAGUUGCUUCUGGAGUUUCCAGUUCUGCAAAAUCAGCUGAAGGAAACGAGCAAGUGGACAUUAUGACGGAGAGUUACGCCGAGUUCGGAAAAUCAACGGAACACUCCCCAAUCGUACCGGAAAUAACAAUCAGAAGCUACACAUUCAGAGUAACCGAAAUAGCUCUAGGGCUGGUAGCGUUUUUAGCCGUUGUAGUUUGUGUGGUGUUGGCGUCCAUGGUGAGCUCUGGUAGUGGGAGCGAUGACAAUUCGCCUUCUUCAAGUGCUCAGACUGGCGGCCAAAACCAAUUAUGUGUCACCCCUCCUUGUCUUAAAAGCGCUUCCUACGUGGUGUCCAAUUUAAACACCACUAUCCAUCCUUGUAAUAAUUUCUACCAGUAUGCCUGUGGGCGCUUCAAGACCGAAAAUCCCCUGGAUCCUGAAACGUCUUCAAUCACUGUAUACAGUAACAUGUAUUAUCAUAAUGAAGAAAAACUUAAGAAGAUUCUGGAGUCCCCGGUCGUCCGUGACCAAGAGUAUUCCACUGAGCGGAAGCUGAAACAUUAUUUCUCCUCUUGCAUUGAUACUUACCGGAAGGAGCGCGCUAGAGGGACGCCAUUGAUCACCAAAGUAAUCAACAACAUCGGAGGUUGGCAUGUACUCGGUACCUUUAGCAACAGCACCUUUGAUUUCCAGAGAGCCUUUCGGAAAGUGUCGGUGGACUACUGGACCGCUGCCUUUUACACGUUUCGAGUGGUGACUGAUUGGUAUGACUGGCACAAAAGAGUCAUUGAGCUGGACUACUCCGGUAUGGCGAUGGCUUGGUACUACUAUACGGAACCUUCAACUGAAAAGUACAGAAUUGAUAUGAAGACCUUCAUGAGACGUCUCGCUAACCUGCUUGUGAGAGAUUCCAACAUAACACUGGAUAAUGCCACAAAAAAUGAACGAAUCGAGACAUUCGUCAACGAUGCCUUCACCAUAGAAUCGAACUUAGCUAAUAUCACGAAGAAUACAAUGCCGACAUUAGAUCCCCACGCUUACGAAAAGAGGGUGGCGAUAUCGGAAUUAAACACCAUGUUGGGAACAGCGAUUGAUUUUUCCGCCCAUAUUCUGUACAUGUUCAACGAUGCCAAUGUCGGUCCGUCCACAAAGAUAGUUUUACGGGAAGCUGAAUGGCUACGACGGAUGAAUGAAAUGAUAGCCGGACUAGGAGUUAAUAAAACAAGAAUGUUAAACAACUACCUGGUGUGGAAGUUGAUGGACCGCUAUGACGUAGAACUAUCCUGGGAGUACGUACACGCCAGUCGCGAGUUUUAUGUAGAUAGAUACGGCAUCCCACAAUUCCUGGGCACGUGGUUGUACUGCUUCCGUAACAUGGACAGUUACCUUGGAGAUGCCCUCAGCUCUAUGUACGUCAGAGACCACUUCGUAGACGAAAAUAAACAAAAGGCCCAUGAAAUUCUUGAUUACACGAAGGAGGUCCUUAUCGAGAGUACCAUGAAGAAUGUCUUCAUGGACGACGCCACGAAAGCCAGAGCUAAAUCAAAGAUGCAAGGGAGUUUGGACAAGCUAGGAUAUCCUGAUUUCAUGAUGAAUGACGCAGCUAUGGAUAAUCUGUAUAGCAGUCUCAGCGUGGACCAGUACGACUACUUUGGAAACCUGCUGAGUGUGAACAACUUUAUUCAGAAGUCCUGGAACAAGAGGUUGAAAAAUCACGUGAACAAGGAGGAAGAAUGGGUGUACCGAACUUACGACACCUUCAUGAGUUACUACAACCCGUGGAACGAGCUGCUCGUCCCUGCCGGUCUGCUACAGUUCCCGUUCUACGACCACACACUCCCACAUUUUAUGAACUUUGGUUCAAUGGGAAGCGUAAUUGCUCACCAUCUCGUCCAUGGCAUCGACCAUACUGGUGGUUACUAUAAUGUGGAAGGGGUGUUUGAGGAUUGGUGGAGUAACCAGACAACAAACAAGUGGAUAGAGGCCAAAAAGUGUGUAGAGAAUUACUACAAGAACCAGAGUAUGGGGCCAUUCACCAUUCCAGGGCAAACGAUUCCCAUCAAAGUUCCGGUAAACGGGCUGCGGUGGGCAGCAGAAGCCAUGGCAGAAACCAGCGGCGUCCAGAUAGCCUACAAGGCGUACCAAAAAUGGGUUCAAAAGAAUGGUGCUGAAAAAAUGGCUCCUGGUCUCGGACUCACCAAUGAGCAAAUGUUUUUCGUUUCCUAUGCUCAGGCAAGCUGCUACAACAGAAAUGACAAUGUGGCAUAUAACAAUGCUGUACGGGGUACAGUCUCCGAGGACAUCAGAACCAACAGUGCUUUAGCACAGAUAAAAGAAUUUUCAACAGCCUUCAACUGUCCCAGCCAGACACCAAUGAAUGCCGAGGUUAAAUGUUCGAUGUAUGGAUAAGUUUGUUUACUUGGAUCAGAUACUAAGCACACACUGAUGUUAAAAUGUGCUUCUGAGCACAUCCUGGCGUCCAGUUCACCGAUCGUUUCCUAUAAACUUUUUUUGAAAUUACAAGCAAUAUGAGAAUUGGAUCCCGAUUGCAUUUACGUACCCUACUGCUUGACCGUACCAUUCAUAGAUUGUAUUAACCGAUGUAUUCGCAUUUGUAUACACAAAUGUAUCAUAGGGAUUUUUAACAGUGAUUUAGAGAUCAAGUUCAUUUAGACUUUGAUUCUUAUCACGUGAGAUGACCACCUUUAUUCGCUGUUUUAUACAAUGUAUCAGUACCUCUUUAUAUCUACAUUAUACAUGUACUUACUGUUGUAUUUAAUGACUUGGACAUGUUACCAUUAAAAUGCGUUAAUAAAAGUUAAUCUUUA